GUAAGUAUAGUACAUACUAAUGCCAUAAAAUUUAGUCAUGCGGGCAAUUCACUUGCCGUUCUGCUUAGCCACAAUGGUACCCGUCAUCGUCGCUGAUUUUUGGUAUUGUAACGGAGCAUUUUUGCUAUGGACCAUGAGAAUAUCUAUUUGCAUCUACAUUUUCUUAUUUGGGCUUUUACCCCUCGUCUUUCGAUAUUCGUACGAAGUACAAAAGAAAAUCCUAUUUCUCAACUUUGUGCAUUGGCCACUAGACAUUGACCUGACCAAGCCAGAUACAGUUGGAUUGAAGGGCGCAAGAAACUUUUACCUCACCACCGACGAAAAUGUGAAGAUCGGAGCAUGGCAACUAUUACCGGAAUCACUGCUCGAUCAAAACAUUCCUGACAACAGUGAAGCUUACGAAACUGUACUCAGGAAAGCCAAACGACCAGUAUUCUUGUAUAUGCAUGGCAAUAGUGGCAACAGAGCGAGCAGUCAUAGAGUUGAGCUGUAUCAAUUAUUUCAAAGACUUGAUUUUCACGUGAUAUGCUUUGAUUACAGAAGCUAUGGUGAUAGUGAUAAUGUCGAUCUGUCUGAAAUAGGAGUCGUUUCUGACAGUAAAUUUGUACUUGAAUGGCUACUAAAACUUGUAAAUAAUUCAGCUCCUGUUUUCGUCUGGGGCCACUCUCUCGGUACUGGGGUGUCAUCACAUGUUUUAGCCAUACUUGCUAACAAAGGCAUGAGUCCUGCGGGACUAUUUUUAGAAUCCCCAUUUAACAAUCUUGCUGAUGAAAUCACAGAACAUCCACUUGCUCGAAUAUUCAAACAUUUACCAUGGUUCAAUUGGAUCAUUGUACAACCUUUGUAUGAAAAUGGACUCAGAUUCGAAUCUGACCAACAUAUUGGGCAUAUACUAUGUCCAGUCAUGAUUUUACACGCGGAAGAUGAUAAUGUCGUUCCAUAUUCUUUGGGUGAAAAGCUAUUUAUUGCUGCCAAGUCAUUGCAUGUAACUGACAUGCAAAGAAUACAAAUGACUAGUAUAAAUGCUACUUAUGGUCUUGGACAUAAGUACAUAUGUCGUUAUAAAGAGUUACCAAGAAUCAUAGAGAACUUUGUGGCUCAAUCAUCUGACGGAACAACGAUAUGAAAUGCGAAAAUCAAUCUUAGAGAAUUCGCUAACGUCAAAAUCAAUUAUUUCUCUACUGAUUUUUCUUUGAUAAUCAAGAGAACUUGAUAAUCAAAGUAAAUACACUUAAUCGUGUGACUACAUGUAUUUAUGUGCAAAUAUAUGAUGUGUUGGAUACUUGAUGUGUUUACACGUGUAUGUAUGUGUGUAUGAGUUGUAAGACAAUUCAUUAAUUUUUUUAGUAUUCAAUGUGUUGACCAAUGUCCCUCCAAACAAAAAUACUAAUUACACGUAAAGCUGUAUUAUUAUCAUUAUUAUUUAGAUGCAUAAUUAAGUAUGUUUUCGUCAGUAGUCGACAAAAGAGGCUUACUCAUUGAAGAUGGUCGUAAAGUAUUGAGAUUGAGACAUUCCUAUAGUAAAUUAGUUAAUUGAUAUAUGAGAUUGUAUGUUGUUCAUCACCGUCAUACAAAUUAUUCCACAAGUCUCCGAGUAUUUGGACAAUUGUAUAAGCUGUAAAUCACCAAUAUGUGUCCCUCACUGUUUUUGAUCGUCGUUUUUAACUAUUUGUAAAGAAAAUAUUUAAAAAUAUAUAUUUAACUUUUGGAAUAUAUAGUAAGCGAAACGAACAAUAACGUUUUUACCAUUGUUGUAUCGGAUUAUCAAAAUAAACUUUCCUCUCUUCUUA